AUGUACUUUGACGGCGCCCUCAACCAUGAUGGAGCCGGCGCUGGAGUCCUCUUCAUCUCCCCAAAAGGUGAACAACUCAAGUACGUCCUCCAGCUACUUUUCAAGGUCACCAACAACGCUGCUAAGUACGAAGCUCUUGUUCACGGUCUUCAGAUUGCCAUCACAUUCGACAUCAAGCAUCUGUUGGCAUACGGUGACUCCAAAGUCGUCAUACAACAAGUCAACAAGGAAUGGGAGUGUACCCAGGGGAAGAUGGACGCCUACUGCAGGGAGAUCAGGAAGCUCGAAACCAAGUUCUAUGGUUUGGAGUUCCACCUUGUCCCCAGUGAUGACAACGUGGCGACUGACGCCCUAUCCAAGCUUGGAUCCAAGUGGUCCAUCGUACCACCUGGCGUAUUUGUUCAAGCACUCAAUAGCCCUACGGUCAAGAUGGAAGAGGAACCCCCACAAAGCCCAACUUGGUCCCAGCCAUAG